AUGUCGGAAAUUUUCAUUGAUUUCGACCGUUUUGGCGAUCCUGAAAAAAUUGCAGAAGGAGGUUUUGGAAUGAUUUGCAGAUAUAAAUAUGGAGACAUAAAGUGUGUUUUAAAGUGUAGUAAAAAGUCAAACAACUGUGAAGUUUUCGACAACGAAGCUACAACAGCGUUCGUCAUUCAUUCAGCUAGUGGAAAAAGUUUUAUAGAACAACAAAGCUUACAACAACGUUCAUUACUUCGUUCAACCGCUGGCAAAAUUUUUAAUACAAU